CUUUCGCACAGUCCUGGAGCUCCACCCUCUCCAAAGACUUUCUGGGAUUCUCCAAAACCAAGUUCUACCUCACAGACAGGCCUACAGGCUCCGAGAUGUGGACCUCACUGUCCUUGAUAUCAGUCCUCUCCACUGCCCAUUUCACCUUGUGUGACACUCAAACCAAUGGAAUAUUUGAGCCGUACGAUCUGCUUUUUGAUAACGCGGUGGAGGCGUAUUAUAAGCAGGACUGGCUGGCUGUGAUCUUGAACAUGGAAAGAGCUUUGCGGAAUAAAGCAGCGCUGCGUAAAAUCCAGACGCACUGCCGCUUAUCCUGCGCGAAUCACACCGCUUUCGGGGACCCUUUCUCAGGUGUGGGUGUCCCGAUCCCAGGAACCGGGGCCGUGGAGGAUUUAGCGUUUUUCCAUAGGAUUCUCAAACGGGCCGAUUGUGUGAAUGCAUGUGAAAGCGAGAAACUGGGACCACCGACACUCCAUAAAGUUAGUGAGACUAUCGAGCUGGAGUUCAAGAAGAGGACGCCUUACAAUUACCUGCAAGUGGCUUACUUUAAGAUAAACAAGCUUGACAAGGCAGUGGCAGCAGCAAACACAUUUUUCUUGGCAAACCCUGACCACGUAGAGAUGAAACAGAAUUUAGAGUACUACAUGAUGAUGGCUGGGGUGCAAGAGACAGAUUUCAAGGACCUGGAGGAGAGACUGCACAUGGCUGAAUUUUUAGAGGGCAAGAUUCAUUACAGUGCAGAAGAUUUUGCCCCAGCCAUCGAGCACUUUGAAGCCGCUGUUGAAGAAUAUUUCACCGCUUAUGAAGAAUGCAGGGUUCUUUGCGAGGGAGCGUUCGAUUAUGAUGGUUACAAGUACAUGGAGUAUAACGCCGAUCUCUUUCAAUCUAUGACAGAUCAUUACCUUCACGUUCUGAACUGCAAACAGAACUGCGCUGUGGAUCUGGCAUCCACCGCUGGAAGAGAGAAGCCUUUUGAAGAUUUCCUCCCAUCGCACUUUAACUACCUUCAGUUCUCAUACUAUAACAGUGAGAAAUACGAGCAGGCUAUUGAGUGUGCUAAAACAUACCUGCUCUUCCACCCUGAGGAUGCGGUCAUGGCUCAGAACCUGGCGUACUACUCAGCUGUGCUGGGAGACGAAAAAGCCGUCAACAUUACAGCCAGAGAGGUUGUUAAGCAGCACAUUAAGAGGUCUUUGCUGGAAAAAGAGCUUCUUUACUUUGGCUAUGAGAUGUUUGGUAAAACUUUUGUUGAUCCAGACACAUGGACCCCUGAGGAUAUCAUACCCAAGAAACUAAGAGACAAACAAAAGGCGGACAAAGAAACAGCCGCGAGGAUUACAGAGGAGAUCAGUAACCUGAUGAAAGAGAUCGAGACACUUGUAGUAGAGAAAAGUAAAGAAUCAUCAGACCUGGACAAGAUGGUGAAAGACGAUAUCAAUCCAGGCCCUCCUCCAGAAACUGCCGACAAACUCCCGUUUGACAACAUUACGGAAACCCUGACAUCCUCAGCCCUGAAUGGUUCACAGCGGGUCGUCCUGGAUGACGUAAUCACGUCCGACGAGUGUCAGGAGCUUCAUCGCCUCUCCACUGCAGCAGCUAUUCAAGAUGCUUUUAAAGCAACACCCUCCCCUCAUUCGGCGAGUGAGAUGUUUCAGGAUAUUAUGGUUCUCAAAGCUCUGCAGGUGAGACCUACUUUACUAAAGGGUUUAAAAAAAAUCCUCUUGAAAUCAAUGAAAUCCCACACCUAA